UUUGAUUUGGCAUUCAUUGCUUAUCCAGAAGCUCUAGCCCAACUCCCUGGUGGGCCAUUUUGGUCCAUAUUAUUUUUCUUCAUGCUGUUGACUUUGGGUCUCGACUCUCAAUUUGCUUCCAUUGAAACGAUCACAACAACAAUUCAAGAUUUAUUUCCCAAAGUGAUGAAGAAAAUGAGGGUUCCUAUAACUUUGGGUUGCUGCUUGGUUUUGUUCCUCCUGGGUCUCGUCUGUGUAACUCAGGCUGGGAUUUACUGGGUUAAUCUGAUUGACCAUUUCUGUGCUGGAUGGGGCAUUUUGAUUGCAGCUAUACUGGAAAUAGUAGGAGUCAUCUGGAUUUAUGGAGGGAACAGAUUCAUUAAAGAUAUAGAAAUGAUGAUUGGAGCAAAAAGGUGGAUAUUCUGGCUAUGGUGGAGAGCCUGCUGGUUUGCCAUUACGCCUGUUCUUUUGAUUGCAAUUUUCAUCUGGUCACUGGUGAAAUUUGACAGACCUGAUUACGCUAAAAUUCCAUAUCCUGACUGGGGAGUUGCUCUAGGCUGGUGUAUGAUUAUUUUUUGCAUUAUCUGGAUUCCAAUUAUGGCUAUUAUAAAAAUAAUUCAAGCUAAAGGAAACAUCUUUCAGCGCAUUGUAAGCUGCUGCAGACCAGCUUCUAACUGGGGCCCAUACUUGGAACGACACCGCGGGGAGAGAUACAAAGACAUGGCAGAUCCUAAGGAAGACACCGACCAUGAAAUACCUACUAUCAGUGGCAGUGGGAAACCAGAAACCAGAAUAAGUUCUAAUUUUUAAGAAUAUGUGCCUGUGCAAUGUGAUUGCUUUAGAAUAGAGAAAAUUUUAUUUAUUUGUAUGUUAACUGAACAAAAAUGUAUAUAUUAUGUUCAUAAUAGUAAAACAACUGUUUUUCUCAUUUAAGCAGGAAUGUAAUAUAAAAAUGUGAAUGUA